UAAAGAAGAGAAGGCGUCCACUGCAUCCAAAAGGGCGAAGUCUCUCUCUCGAUCUCUCUUCUUUCUCCCGUCGAUUGCGAUUCGAUUCGAUUCCGAGGUCGAGAGGAAGGACAAAGAAGGGGAAGGGCAUGAGAUCGAACGGAGGAAGGGGAGAAGGCGGGGCGGGAGUAAGAUGAGCGCCGCCGCGAUCGCUCCUCCCGUCGAGGAUCUCAUGCCCUUGAGCCGCUCCUCGCCGUGCGAUGGAUGAGACGCAGGGUUCCGUCGGAACCACCGCCAGCUUGUCCCUCAGGUUGGGGCAGGCGAUCUUCUCCUCCGCCGCCCUACUCCUCAUGUCCGUCGGCGUCGAGUUCUACAGCUAUACCGCUUUUUGCUUUCUAGUCACAAUCAUGGGAUUGGUAAUCCCUUGGAGCUGCACACUAGCAAUGUUCGACAUCUACUCAGCAUUUUCAGGCUGCUCUCUUCGACUUCCUGGCCUGAUGGUGAUCGUCGUCAUAGGAGAUGCGGUUCUGUCAAUACUUUCCCUAGCCGCAGCUUCUGCCUCUGCUGGUGUUAUAGAUGUCCUCCUCCACUUUGAUAGGAAUUACUGCCCACCGAAGUUUUGCGGUCGGUACCAGUUGUCCACUGCGAUGGCAUUCUUAGCUUGGUUUCUAACUGCUGCAUCAUCUCUUUUCAAUCUGUGGCUUGUUGCUUCCUGGUGAUAUGAUUUGGUAAAUAGUAAAUUCUAUUUGUAGAGCUUGGAGAUUGUUUCCUCCAGAUCAACUGAGUAAUACUUGAUUCUCUUGAUGGAUUUUCUUUCUUCUAAAGAUC